UUUGCUGGAGCGGGGAGUGUGGCAGCAGGCCUUGCUGGGCAGGCCAUUAUAUGCCCUGCCAUGCUGGUUGGGUGGGCCCCACUGUGCCGCUCUGCAUCUAUGGAUUCUGCUCCAUGAUGAGGCCUAUAGAGCCCUUCAUGACAGAGUUUCUCACGGGAACUUACAAGAAUCUCACCACCGAGCAGGUGACCAGACAGGUGUAUCCUGUGUGGACUUACUCCAGCCUGAUUCUCCUCGUCCCAGUCCUCCUGGUGACAGACUUCCUCAGGUACAAGCCUGUAAUCAUCCUCCAGGGGCUCUGCUAUGUCACCGCGUUUCUGCUGGUGCUAGUUGGCUCGGGGGUCCACUCGGCUCAGUGGGCCUUCUUCAGCUACAGCAUUGCCACGGCAGCAGAUGUGGCCUAUUUCUCCUACAUUUACAGUGUGGUGCAAACCAGCUACUAUCAGAAAGUGACCAGUUAUGUCAAAGGGGCCAUACUGCUUGGCUACGCUGUGGGGGCUCUGCUGGGUCAACUGCUAGUGUCUGUGGGUGGGGUGUCUUUGUUUUGCUUAGCUUUCAUCACUCUCAUCUCUGUCUCGGUAGCACUGAUGACCUCCUUUUUCCUUCCCAGGCCUCAGACUAGUUUAUUUCUUAGGGGAACAGAUUCUGUACAACAGAGAAGCUCAGGCGAAGACAGUCAAGACUCUGAAAGCCAAUACUUUUUCAUGUGGGUGAAGACAGCUGCCAAGCAUGUUGGGAGGAUGUUCAGAAGGCUUGCAUUGGACUGUAAGGAAUGUUAUUCCUCUGUGGCUGUGCUCUUCUUCUGCAUAUGGUCAGCUACAGGGACAUGUGGCUUUUACCAGGUUACAGAGUACGUCCAGCUGCUCUGGAUUUAUAUGCAGCCCCACAACUUCACUGCCUACAAUGGAGGGGUAGACAGCAUCAGCACAUUGUCAGGAGCUGCAGCCACUGUUGCUGUGGGACACAUGUCUCUGGAGUGGGCUGUGUGGGGGGAAUUGGUCUUGGGGAGUUUCACGUUCCUGAUCGCUGGGGCUUUAUUCUUAAUGGAUCUGACUGACAACAUCUGGAUCAGCUACACGUGCUUCUUCAUCUUCAAAACAGUCUUCAUGCAGCUCUCCACCAUCUGCACUUUUCAGAUAGCCAAGACGCUGAAUAGGGAGCGAUACGCGUUGGUAUUCGGCAUCAACAGUUUUGUGGGCACAGUCCUCCAGAGUGUCCUCACCGCCAUCGUCAUUAGCACCAAGUCUCUGCAGCUUACCAUCACCUCACAGUUCCUGAUCUACGCCUCGUUCUUUGUUGCCAUUUCCUUGCUGUUCACAGUCAGAGGUGUGUACACUGUGCUCCACAUGAAGCAUUCUGCUGGAGGCAACCAGGCAGAGAGAGCCAGCAACCUGCCAGAGGCCUCACAUGUGUGUGGUGGAAAUUCUUAUACAUAG